GGGGAAAAGAAAAGACUUUUCGCGUCCCCCUUUAUUCUGUUUACAGUCAUAUAAAAAUCAUUGGAAAAAACCCUAGCUUCUUCCCUCUCCUCGUUUUAGCUAUACUUUUUCUUCCUUUCCCUGAUCGGCUUCACGUUAGUUCGAUUGCUCCAAAUAUAACACCAUCCACAUACUAUUAUUAGUUCGAUACAACACACUUUACACACCCUCCCAGUCAUAAUCAACGAAACCAUAAUGAAAGAUAUGUAGAGUUGAUACUCAGAAUCAUCACAAAAGGGCAAAGUUAAGAGUUACCUUGCUACUUUGAAACCUUCUAUGUAGUUUAAUUAUCUCAGUUGCUAAAGUGGAUCGAAAACAUGGAAAGAGGUCACUUCCUUUGGAAGAAGAAGAAGAAGAAGAGAAAGAAUUAGAGGAGCAAGCGUUUCCAAUUUAUUCUACACGGUCCCAACAAGACAUGUCUGCUGUGGUAUCUGCACUUGUUCAAGUCAUUGGUGGCAAUCCAGUGCACGAAGAUCCAGUAACAGUAGUGUCUCACUCCAGUGUUUUAGGGAAUGAACAAUCCCAACCAACACAACAUCAAGAUGAAGGAAACGUUAUAAGAAGAAGACACUACAGAGGAGUGAGACAGAGACCAUGGGGUAAAUGGGCCGCAGAGAUUCGAGAUCCCAAAAAAGCAGCAAGAGUUUGGCUCGGAACUUUUGACACUGCCGAAGCUGCAGCCAUUGCUUAUGAUGAAGCAGCUUUCAGAUUCAGAGGAACCAAAGCUAAACUCAAUUUUCCAGAAAGAGUUCAACUUACUGGGCAAUUUGGUAAUUACCUCACAAAUCGUCCACAAUUCCCUGCCACGUCACGCACUUGCACCAAUGAUCAUCAAACACGUAACCCAUUUGCUCUUCCUCCAUAUCCUUCUCAACAUGCAAUUAAUAAUAAUUUUAUGCUUUGUUUCUAUGGGAGUGACACGUUUGUUUCUUCUCGUCCCUUAUCAUCAUCAGCUUUAGCUUCGUCAUCUUCGGAACCAUCUCAGCCUCAACCAAAAGAAGACCUUCCAACCUUUUCGAUGCAAUCUAAAGGGUCGUCUUCUACUUCUCAGCCUCCUAAGAGUUGGAACAGUGAUUCGGAUGCCAAACCAUGAAGAUUAUUUUCAUGAUUUAUGCGAUCGAUAUAUUUUCAUUAGAGUAUGGUAUUUAACUAUUUAUAUUAUGCUAUUAAGGAAUUUUUUGCUUCUAUUUCAACCCAAGUGAGUAUUUAUAUAAUCUUUUGCAUAACAAUACGUAAAUAAAUAAGAAGAAAAGAUAAUUUAUUUUUCUAAUAUAGAUGAUAUAAUAGAGAGAGAUAGUAUUGUUGUAAAAAGUUUUAUAGGAACAUGUGUGCUUUGUCAAUGUGUAUAUGUAAGUAUAUAUGUUUGGUUUAAUUAAAGUUAAUAAAAAUAAUUUUUGC